GAAAUCCAGAGAGAGACCUAGGCACUAGGACCCUGCAGGUGCCUCUCUGUGAUAUUUCAGCAAUGUUCAGUGCGCUCGGACGACUCGCUUCAGCAGUAGUGAUACGGUAGCUGCAGCAGCGUCCCUGACGCGCUGCCCACCCUCCACUCUCAGCAGGGGAGAAUUACGAAAUUCUUGGUUUGAGACCCAACCGCCAGCCCACGGUCCUCGGAGAAAGCUACUUUUGUUUACCAUCCCAUGGCUUCAUCCGUGAGUGGAACGGAGGAGGUGCGCGUGUCGGCGUUGACACCGCUGAAGUUGGUGGGCUUGGUGUGCGUCUUCCUUGCGCUCUGCCUGGAUGUCGGGGCGGUGUUGAGCCCCGCGUGGGUAACGGCGUAUAACCAGUACUACCUGUCUCUGUGGGAGUCCUGCUGGAAGCCUGUCAACUCGGACACAUGGCAGUGCAACACAACGCUCGAGACUGACUGGCAGAUUGCCACGUUGGCCCUGUUGCUGGGUGGUGCUGCCCUCAUCCUGUUCUCCUUCCUGGUUGCCCUGGUGUCAGUGUGUGUCGGCUCCAGGAGCCGCUGCUACAGGCCUGUCGCUGUCUUGCUGUCCGCUGCAGUGGUGCUUCAGGUCUGCAGUCUGGUCCUCUACACCAUUAAGUUCAUUGAGACGGUCAGCUUGAGGAUAAACCACGAGUUUAACUGGGGCUAUGGCCUGGCCUGGGGGGCCACCAUCUUCUCCUUCGGAGGGGCCAUUCUCUAUUGCCUCAACCCCAAGAACUAUGAAGACUACUACUAAACCCUGCAAGAGGAGAAGAGAGCCCUCUACACAACUUCAUGCCCCCCCCCCCCCCCCCCCCCCCCCCGGGCUAUGCUCUGAACCUAGUCUGUUUUAUGUAACUGGUAGAGAAAAUAAAUAUUCACAGAAAAAAUGUUGGCGAAUUAACAACAGUAGUGUCUAUAGGUUCCAUUCAGACCAUCAUACAAUUGUACUGUACCAGAUGGUUGGCUCACAGGCUUAAAGGGACACUCUUACUCAUAUUAUGAUGUUGUGUUCUCCAAGGGAAUCUCUGCCUGUGUUGUGACUGAUGUCUGCUAUAGGCUAAGUGGUAAGGCUGAAGAGCCAAUCAGACAGUUCAAUGGAAUCCUAAUGUCCAAUAAGAUACAUCAGUGAAACCAUGUCAGGUCCGCUUUAUGAUAGGAACUUCAGCAGGAGUUGGCAGGCACAAUGCUUUGUUAUUAAUGACCAAUCAAAGAAGAGACCGGUGAGAGUGCUGGACAUAGACCAAUCAGAGAGCAGAAGGAUAGUCCAGGUGGACAGAUUGAUCUUGAGGAGGAAAGAAGUAGAAUAUGAGACUCACCUAAGGAAAGGAAUCAAGGAUGCAUACCUUCACCCCCACUAACAUACUGGACAAAAAUACAAACGCAACAGUUUCAAGGAUUUUACUGAGUUACAGUUCGUAUAAGGAAAUACGUCAACUUUAAUUAAUUAAUUAAUUAGGCCCUAAUAUAUGGAUUUCAUAUGACUGCAGGGGAGCAGCCAUGCAUGGGCUGGGAGGGCAUAGGUCCACCCACUGUGGAGCCAGGCCCAGCCAAUCUGAAUGAGUUUUUCUCCACAAUAGGGCUUUAUUACAGAUGGAAAUACUCCUCAGUUUCAUCAGCUGUCCAGGUGUCUGGUCUCAGAUGAUCCUGCAGGUGAAGAAGCCGGAUGUGGAGGUCCUGGGCUGGCGUGGUUACACAUGGUCUGUGAUUUGGGCGUACUGCCAAAUUCUCUAAAAUUAAGUUGUAGGUUGCUUAUGGUAGAGGAAUUAACAUUACAUUAUCUGGCAACCGCUCUAGUAGAAAUUCCUGCAGUCCGCAAGCCAAUUACACGCUCCCUCAACUUGAGAGAUCUGUGUGUAUUGUGCGACAAAACUGCACAUUUUAGAGUGGCCUUUUAAAGUCCCCAGCACAAGGUGCACCUGUGUAAUGAUCAUGCCGUUUAAUCAGCUUGAUAUACCACACCUGUCAGGUAUAUCUUGGCAAAGGAGAAAUGCUCACUAACAGGGAUGUAAACACAUUUGUGCAUAAAAUUGGAGCGAGAUAAGCUUUUUGUGUAUGAAAAAUUACUGAGAUCUUUUAUUUCAGCUCAUGAAACAUGGGACCAACACUUUACAUGUCGCGUUUAUAUUUUUGUUCAGUAUAUUUGAUUACCUUUGUCUUUAUUUCAUCUGUGGUAAUCUAAAAGAGGACUGGAUGGGUUCAGGCAGGCAACAUAGGCGUUUAACUGGUGGUUUUCUUUCACAUGAAGGGGAGGUGACAAGGAGAGGAAGCCACUAUAGACUAUUGGUACACGCCCCAAUGCCACAAACAAGAGAUGGUAUAAUUGGUUAGGCCAGAGGCCACGACACAUUCCAGGCAAAAUAUUACUGGUUAAACAUUAGCUCAGGCUACACAAAACCAUUAAGUAGCGGUAAGGCAUAAUCGAAGACUGUGCGGCCUAACCCCAGCUGUGCCGGGUUCAGAUAACAGCAGUUGAUAUGUAACUAUGUACAGUAGUUUGAGUUGGUUUUGUGUUAAAUGCUUUAAUAUAGUGUAGUAGAUAAGGUGUAUGAAGAAGGCAAUUGACCAGUGUUGUAGUGUGUGGGGCCUGAAGUGAUAUGAUCAAACAGCCAGGGGAGGACGGCUCAUAAUGGCUGGAACGGCGUCAAACCAUGUGUUUGAUACCACUCCGCUCCUGCCGUUACCCCAUCCUCCCCAAUUAAGGUGCCACCAACCACGUUUGCGCUCACAUACUUCCCAUGUGAUGCCUCUUGGGCAACACUAGAUGUCUCCCAAAUGGUACCCUAUUCCCUAUAUAGUUCACUACUGACAAGGGGACCUGGUCAAAAGUAGUGCACUGUGGAAUAGGGUGCCAUUUGGGACACAGAGCUUACGUACAAAGUCCUCUUAAUACUGCACUAUUAUAGAAAAUGUUUUGAAUAUACUCUCAUCCAUAACUUAAAAAUAAAGUCUUUACAUUAAAAAUACAUGUCAAUGAAGAGAGUAGGAACGCUUGAGGUAGAAAUGUGGGAGUGUAAAGGAGUAACGAGGUGUGUGUGCUGAGUGACUCAACAUCUGCAUUGCCUGCUGUUUGGGGUUUUAGGCUGGGUUUCUGUACAGCACUUUGUGACAUCAGCUGAAGUAAGAAGGGCUUUAUAAAUCCAUUUGAUUGCUGAUGUGUGUCUGAUGCCUACUGCUUUGUUUACUAAUACAAUAAAACUGGCCAUGAAAAAGA